AUGCGUAGAAGGAAACCGGACGCCAUCGUUAUAGCUGUGACCGGCAAGCUCUCCUACGCUGAAAUGCUGCGUAAGGUCAAAGGCGAGCCCAAACUGAAGAGUGAUGUAGUCCACAAAAUCAAGAGGACACAGAAAGGCGACCUACUGCUGCAACUGGACAAAAACGGAGAGAAAACGGAAGAGCUGAAGAAUGCAGUGAGCUCCCUGCUAGGGGACCAGGCGGCAGUAAGAAGCCUGAAGCAACGCGGUACAGUCGAAUGCAGGGAUGUCGUCGAAAUCACCUCAAAGAGGGACAUUUGCGAGGCCAUAAAGAGCCAAUAUGGGCUGGCAAACGCAGAGGUAGUUGGCCUGAGAAAGGCCUAUGGCGGUACGCAAACGGCAAUAAUCAGCCUGUCGCAAGAGGAAGCCAACAAGCUGCUAGCUGGUGGCAAAUUAAGAGUAGGCUGGGUGGUGUGCCGACUAAGGGACCACAGAGCACUGGUGAAGUGCUACCGCUGCUUGGAAUUCGGACACAUUGCCAAGCAAUGUAAAGCAAUAUGCGACCGUUCAAAGGUCUGCCGACGAUGCGUAGAGGAUUGGCACAUCGCAAAAGUGUGCUCCAAAGAUCCCCUGUGCUUUUCUUGUAAAGGCGUACCAAAUGCUGACGCUAAACACGUAGCGGGGAGCAGUAAGUGCCCGUUAUUCAAACGAGCUUUAGCUGCUAGAGGACGCAAAUGA